UGAACAUUUUUAUUUGUGUCAAAAUCAAGAAAGGAAAACGAUGGGUUUGUCAGGAAGCUCACUAAAGGUGGCGGCUCGCCUUCACGUCGUCGGCCAGUGUGGCGGUGUUGACCGCCUUACACUUAGCCGCCCACGCCGUAGAGGAGGCCAGCGCCUGCUGGCCUCUUUCAGCUUCCCCAGCGCGGGAGGCGGGGCGGGCCACCAUUGGUCCGCCCGAGAAACGGCGAUGAACGUCAGCAAGCUGGCUAAAAGGGAGGGCAAGACACCCGUCAGGUUGGACUUCCUGGCGGGGGAAUCUCUCGUGGCCCGCCGAGAGAUCCCAUUAGCAGAACUGCUUGCGGGACUAAGGGCCAACAGUGUGGGGCGCCGCGCUGUUGCCUUCCUCGCCCUCGAGGGAGGCCAGGCCGCGCUGGCAGGCGACGCCGAUGACGACCAUGGCCAUACCCACGUAGCAGUUUUCUUUAAUGAAAGGCGCGUGGAUGACACAGGCGUGGUUGAGAACGCACCUGAAGAACCAGAGAGCAGUCCAUUCCAAGAACAGCCCAACCUGUCACAACAGGUUAUUGACACAAGUCCCAGCCUGCCACAGCAGGCUGGCGACAACAAGGGCCAGACCCAUGAGGCCCAUGAAGCUGGCGAUACAGAGGCCAGCUGUGACCUGGGUGAUGGCCAACGGUGGACCCCUGCCCCGAGCCACACGAAGCCCAGCCUUCCACUAAAGUUUGGCGACAAUAAGGGGCAUACUCAUCAGCCCCAUCAGGCUGGCGAUGAUGAAGCCAGCCUGACCCAGGAGGUCACGCACCGUGACCUGGCAGAUGGCCAGAGGUGGACUCCUACCCCGAGCCACACAAAGUCCAGCCUUCCACAAAAGGCUGGCGAAAAAACGGGGCAUACUCAUCAACCCCAUAAAACUGGCGACGAUGAAGCCAGCCUGGCCAAGAAGGUCACGCACCGUGACCUGGGGGAUGGCCAAAGGCGGACCCCUGCCCCACGCCAGCUCCGUCAAAGGAGGGGAAAGCCCCGCGGGGCGUCCUCUGAGGGUGGACGGGAGCGCGAUUUCUCCCAGCGCUCCAUCACGUCCCCCGCGAAGCAGGGGAAGGCGCCCCAGCGGCCUGGUAGGGGAGGGGGCCGGUGGAGCGUGUGUGGCUCCUGCCUCUUGGACAACGUUCUCAUGUGUGCGCAGGCCAUGGCAUUAACUUUACUCACGUACCACGUGUCUCUCGAGUGGUUCUGAGCCUGCUGCCCAUGAGCACCACUAUGGCACCGCACCACCCGCCGCCCACCGCCACUCCACACCACACCCACCGACCACCACUCAUGGGGUCACCACACACCACUCCAUAGUUCACCAACAGUGACCACCACUCAUGGGGUCACCACACACCACACCACACCACACCACACAGUCACCGCCAAACAGGCCACCACUCAUGGGGCCUCAUGGCUGGUGACUCACUCAUAGUCUCAUCACAGUUUCGUGUUUCUUCUAUCGUAUCUCUCAACAAUCUCUUAACUAGUAUUCUGAAACGCUUUGCUCCCAACAGUGUUUCUCCUGAUAAUAAUGUAGAAAAGUUGUUAA